GGCUGAACUGCAUCCAACAUACGAACUGUCCGCGCAUGCACAUGACGUCAGGAGACCCACCCUCAGAUCCGGAUCAGCAGAGCUGCAGCCGGACCGUCGGAUGGAUGCAGGGAGAGACGGGACACUUUGGAAACUUUGCACCAGAGCUUCAGAAAGCAACAGCUCAGCUGUGUGAGAUGCAGGGCAGCACGUUGAGAAGAUUAGAGGUCAGUCUGCAGCAAUCAGGGCUCAUUGAGGGUCCAGACGGUCAUAUUUGAACGGACACGGAAAAAGCUGAACAGAGUAAACAGGUCUCUGUAAUGUUUGCAGUGAGCGUUCAGGAUAAAGCACCAGCGUGGGACAUUGGGGUUUCAGCUGAACUGAUGAUCAUAGGCAAACGUGAAUCUAAAAGCCACUUUGCUUUAUACCAACAUUUCAGUGAUUUGUGAGUCAAAGGAAUGAAAUAUAGCUGUUCAAAAAAUGAAACUCAAAAAUCUCUCAGACAGUUUCAGUCCUGGAAAGCUGUUUUGUGAACGGGGGACGUUUUUUUCAAAUAUGUCACUUUCCUCUGGCUGCACAGGUGUGCACAGACACACACACACACACACACACACGCAGGAUUGUGGACAGGUUAGGAACCUGUGGUUUCAGGUAUCAUCUCACACAGCUGUGUUUGAGCUUCAUCUUAGUACAUUUGUUGUGUGAUUUAAUAUUAGAGCGCUACUUUACAUUUUGACUAUGAAUACUUUUAAUUUGUUGUUUAGUGAAGACGUAUUUGAGUAAAGACGAAGCGUCUUAAAAUCUUGAACUACAUCCACCAACACGACAUCUAAUGACAUUUUUUUUUGUUUAGGUUGACUGAGUCAUCAUUUCUGCCUGACCUUCGAUUAGUGGCUGACUUUGAACACCGGACUCUUGCUCCCCAGUGAUCCGUGUUGCCAUGCCAACUUCUACAGUUCUCGCGGCAACCAGGAGUCCUCAGAGGAGCCGAGGACUUUAGAGGCAUAUUUACAUCCUUGUUUGUGUACAAAGGAGACCAGUGGAGAAAUUAGACAUGCCCUUCCAUUGGAGCCUGCUGUUGCUUUCUGUAUGGGUGGGGCACAUGGAUCUCGCUGAUGGAUGUGUUUGUCCAGAAGCCACCGUUCUCCCCCAGGUUCCCUCUGAACUUGCUGCUGGGGGUUGCUGCCUGAACUAUUCUGGCUCGGCUUUCACCCACGUGCUUUGGUCUGUGUUCAACAACGACACAAACAUAGAGAUUCUGGAUCUUUCCAACUGUAACAUCAGCUUCAUUCACAGUCAUGGCAAGGUGUCUUCUUCACUGCAGAAGGUUUACCUGGAUCACAAUAGACUAACUGUGUUGCCAAGGAACUUUCUUGCCAGCCAGCCUAACCUGACUGAGGUGGAUCUGAGUAAGAACCUUCUUCAGCAGCUUCCUGAGGGCUUUCUGCAGGAGUCUAACAGCCUCCAGAGGCUAUACCUGCAUGGAAACCAGCUACACUCCCUCCCUGAAGAUGUGCUUCAAUUACCCCAUCUCCAGCGGCUAGAGUUGGAUGGGAACCAGUGGGACUGCUCUUGUCUGUUACUAGAAGCUCUGAAUGUUGGAGGGCAGACUAAUAGGACCUCAGCUUUUCAAGAUCUUGUGGGAAACCUGACCUGUUUCUCUCCUCGCCACGUCGCUGGGAAGAUGGUUUGGUCUCUGAGACAACAUGACAUGUGUCGUCCAGCCAGCCUCACAGCUCUCUUCAUCGUGCUGCCACUCAUUAUUCUCUCCGCAUUGCUGCUCUGCUGGUGUUGUGGGAGGAAGAGGAAAAAGAAGAAGGAGGCUCCCGUGUUUGGCUCCUCAAAAAAGAGGGCUCUUGGCUCCAGCAGCCACAUCCAGAAACAUCUCAGCAAGCAGCAGCCUUCAGCCCACGAGCACUGGAAAGAUGGAGACGGCAGCAAGCAGGGGAUCCUGAAGAACCAUCAACCCCCAGACCAGACCCCCACGCUUCUGGACAGCAGUAAGGACAUCUAUGAAGAAGUGGAGAUCAAGGUGGGCUCUGUAGAGUCUCUACCACACGUCUCUUCACUUUGCUCCAGUUUCACAGAAGGAAAGCAGGGCUCUCAGGGACCCGACGGGGCCGCCAAGACCCAGCUGGAGCUGGACACGGUCAGCGUGACAGAGGUGCUGAAAGACUCAGCCGACAGGGAGAAAGCUUACAUGACUCAGUCCACUGAGUACUACAGCCUGGUGCCAGGGAUCGAACUGGAGGACUCGGACCAUGCUGAGUACGAGAAUGUUGUUCCCUCCUGAUACAGUCUUCAAGAGAAAGUCCAUCUUUGACAGAUUCAAUGCUUUAGAGUCACAAGGCGCUCAAAGAGUCCAAAGGAACCAAAGAACAUAAGAUAUAAACUACAAAAUUUCCAACAUUGUUUGACAUGAAUAGGAACUGAGUUUAAUGCAACAAAUGACACAAAAACAGCGAUUCCUACUGUAAAAUGGAUCAGAAGAGAACUUCGGUCACUCUUUCUAUUAUUUAAGAUGAUGAAAAAUCAAAUCUGUAAUUCUUAAAGGUCUGUUUAGAGGAAUCCUUCUACUUUUGUUACAUUUAAUGUUUUUUUCUUUCCCAAAGAGGAAAUUACGCAAGUGCUUUAUUCUGAAAGGUCACCUCCAGUACAACUCAGACUUAUAUGAAGCUAAAGACAAUGUUUUUGUGUAUUUUUUAUGAAAUCCCUGUCAAAAAAAGAAAAUUAUAGCCCCCAAAAUCCAAAAACAAAGCUGCUUGAAUCCAUGUUACUCAUCUUAUCCUCUUUAGACCUGGCGUCCACAUACAUGGACAUCACUUUUUGGUUAUAUUAACACAGUAGUUAAUUCUGCUGAACUGGGACCCUGGGAACAUGAACAAAAAACAGGUAAUCAAGCAAGAGCUUUUGGGGUUUUAAGAGGUUAUAAGUACUGAAUUUCUCUGGAAUCGUGAAAGCUCAGAGUAAAACAUAUAUUUCCAAAAAACAAGAUGAUCUAGAUUUCCCAUCUGUAAAAAGAUUCCAUUUUGCCUUAAUGAGUGAAGCUUAAACACUGGAAGUUUCUGAUCGGUGUCCACAACCAAGAGGCUUAAGAUGUGAACAUUUUUAAAUCUCAGGGAAAGCCUCAAUAUCUGUGUCUUUAAUCAGUAAACAUAAACGAUUCAUCUGAUAUUCAAACAAAAUCCAGCACUUUGGUGAUUCAUCACUAUCAACACUGUCACCAAGCCACCAACAAAAUCUGAUUUCACCUUUUUUUGAAGAAGAAAUGCUGAAACAUUUCAAAGGCAUUAGUCUCAGCUUCAUUAGUGUGUCGCUUUGCAGGAGAAAAACCGAACUCGAACCAGAAAUGUAGUUACUUUGUAGGACAAACUCUGUGAAAGCCGUUUUUCAUUUUAGUGACAAGUGUUUCAAACCUGCAUCAUAUCACGAAUAAAACUUCUAGACUGCAAACCAAAACAGGCAACCGGGUAUUUCUGAGUCGCAAGUUUUACUCAGAAUCUUUUUCAAAAAUAAACGUUUCAGUUAUCAAAUGUAUUUUUAGGGAGAUUUUAGGAGGAAUGAGUCAAAGUUCUGCAGAAUUACAAACCCAUAAAAUCCUAACCUCAAAAUAAAACAAGAAUACAUUUGAAGCAGAAAGAAUAUCAACAUAUGGGUCAGUUUCCCUCUUUGUGCCCUUUACUGACACCAUGGAUAUUGUAGCUAGAAGAGUAUCUUUAGAAAGCUUCAACUGUCAUUACUGCAUCUCCUCUCAUGGUGACGCUAAACAUGUUUGAGAAAAACCUGAGCUGAAGGGAACCAAACAUAAAGAGAGACAGCACAGAAGCACAAUGGCAGAUGCUUCAAAUGAAAGUUACCUGUAUGAAAUACAGAUGUGCUGAAGCUCGGAGUCUGUUUGUCCUUGAGGUUUGAUUUCUGAAAAACACAGAGGAUGUUGUGGUAAAAUCAUGAAUCCGAAAAUGAAAUCACAGCCCAACCUUUUUCUUCCUUCCCCUCAUUCGUUCAUCCUCAACCACAUGUGCUGUUAGCCUCGUCAGGCUGACCAAUCAACUGACCAAUCAGAGCAUCCCUGUUUUGAUUGAUUGUUCUGAUUAAAACUGUAAAGGAGUCUUCCUCAUUGAGUUCUGAAGGACACUGUCAAACAGGAUGAAUUAGCCUAAACUGAAAGUAAUUUCUGUUGAUGUACAGUUCUGUCCUCUAAUAAUAUCGAUUUUCUUUCAAAUGAAACUCAUUUUGCCUAUAACUUGUAUGCAUGGGCCACACUUGUGGUGAUCUCAUUUUAAACUUGAUGAUUCUUCUUUUUCCUGUUUUCAUGUUAAAUAAUGUAAAUCUCCACCCAUUCUCUCUCAGAUAAGAGCGCUUUUUAAGUCUGUUUUGGGAUUUAAAAAGGGGCGCUGUUCCUAAAUGUCAUGACAGACAGUUUGUAAUUGUGUUACAGCAGAAGCACAGUCUAGUCUGACCCCUGGAUCACAAUGUAGAGGGAAGUGAUUUAAUCCAGGCCUUUUCCUGUGGGACCAAAGGAACGCAGGAGAAAGAGAGAGGCAGGAAAAAGCUUCGGACAGAUACACUAGCAGUGAUUCUGUUUAGAAAUCACACAAAUGAGGAUGACAAGAUGUUUUUAAUACACCAAAACAGGACAUUUUGAACUGAUUGGAAUCCUAAAUUGAUAUAAAUAAACACGACUUCCUGUUUUCAAAGUUGCAGAUAGAAAGUUUUUAGAAUAACCGGCAAACCAGAAUUGUCGCUACUUUACCACAACUGGUUAAUGGGAUGUGUUUACAUUACAGUAUUAACCCUUGUGCUAUCCUAGGCACUUUAACAUUGGGAGUUGGGUCAUCUAGACCCACUAGACAGUGCUCUGAACCUUUUUUUCUUCAAUGAUUUGUGAUCUUCACUGGUGUCCAUGGUUUACAUGAAAUCUUUCCACCUUUAUCCACCUUUGUCAUGGUAGGGAGAACACGUCAAUGUAAGGGGGGGGGGGGGGGGUCAUCUAAGAUAGCACAAGGGUUAAAGGGAAUAUUAGUGUCUCUGGGUAAUGUUGUUUUAUGUGUUAGGAGUUUUUGAUAUAUAUAUAAAAUAAUUUAAACUUUGUUGAGCUGCCUGCAUAGACUGAAGGAAAAAGCUGGCACACGCCUCACCGUUCAGCAGACUCUACGUCAAGGUCAUGUGUUUGAGAACGACACAACUGAUUUUUAUCUGGACUCUUUUAUAUAAACAUCUGACACUUUCAAAAAUGACCUAUUUCAGUGGAACACAGACGCUGUGUUUGCUGUGACUGAGGAGAAAGAAAAAGAACAAUUCGAGACGUUUGGAUGGAUUUUUACUUUUUAUUUCAACUGUUAUUUUUGAAGCUUCGUCACUUUCGGAGAACACAAAUAAGUCAUUUAUUUUUUUUGUUUUAUGCUGUUUAAAAAAUGCUUAAAACCGAAAAAAGGGACAUUUCUUAUGAAACUGGAAUCUGAUUUUAAUAAAUUCUCGAUGACAGAUUUGUCAGAAUAUAUUAAGUCCUUAAGGUCAGUCUGACAGUUUUUUUUCUCCUAUUAUACAAGAAGACUAAGAAACACUUUAUGCUAUACUGAAAACAACUGUUGACAAACCCACAAGACAUCAAUGUCUGCAUCUGAUAAUCCAUAUAAAGGAGAUUAAAUUGUGUAAGUAUUUCUUAUAAGUCAUAGUUCAAACUGUUCUUUUCUGUGUUCAAUUUUUUUUCAAAUGCAGUCUGUUAAUAUUUGCAUAAUGUCAAUAUUUUGGUAUGUUUGCUGAGUCUGAAGCUUUGUCUUAUGUGCUCCUUUUUCUGUUGUUGCUUUACUUGAGGUUAAAUGACUUUGUUGUAUUCCAGAGAAGUGUUUAAAAUACAAUUUUAUGCAGUUUUUCAAUCUUUAAACAAACUUCCCAAACCCCCAAACAAGUUGGAGGUUAAAUUAGAUUAUCUGCUAGUGUGUUGAAAACAAAUAUAAGCACGGCUAAACCAGAUUCAUGCUCAGCAGAAAGAAAAUGUUGUUUAUUGUGAAAGAAUGUUCAUUUUGUUGCUAAAAACCCCCGAAAGAGUUUAUGUUGAUUAAUGAAGCCAUAAAGAGUUGAUAAUAAAUUAAGGUCUGAACGUUGAA